AUGGACGCGCAGCGGCUGCUGGUGGAGCAGCAGGUCCAAGAGAUGUCUGGGCCCCUGCGGGAGCUCGAGGCGCUGUGGGAGGAGGGGGCCCGCCGCACGGAGCGCCUCCAAACGCUGAAGACCAGCGAGGAGACGUCGCGGCAGGCGGUGGCCGAGCUGUCUGCAAAACGAGCAGCGCUCCAGGAGGCAACGGGCAAGCUGCAGGAAGAGCUGCGCGAGCUGGCGGCGAAGGAGCUGCCCCAGGUGGCCAAGCGGCAGCGCGAGGCCGUCUUACAGGUGCAACGAGCGCAGAGCGCGCAGGCGGAUGCGCGAAGUCGAUGGCAGUCGGAGGUGAAGAUGUGCCAAAGUGCACUGCAAGCUGAAGAGAAGCAGCUGGCGCGUCUGCUGGCACGUAAGGAGUCAGCAGCGAUUGCGGCCAGGGAGGGGCAGCAGGCUUGUUCGGUGUUGGCCAAAUCUCUGGCCGACGUGCGGCUGGAGCAUGGCCGGCUUCUGGGCUGGCAGCAGGUGCUGGACGAAGGCGGUUUCCGCUACUUUGCAGAUAGCGCGAAGGAACAGCCGGAAGGGGACCUGCCCAUAGGCCCAGGCUCAAAGGCAACAGCCUUUGCAAGCCGCGAAGCAUCAGGAGAGGCUUUGAAGCUUCAGACCGACCGGCCAUUCGGGUUCGCUUUGGACUUGUCUCCCGCGGCGGGGCGGUAUCAGCACAUCUGCUACUUCGAUGCUGAAUCAGCACAAGAGCUGAGUCCAUGGAUGGAGGCGAUCCAAGGAUGGAUUGCAGCUGCAGCCUGGCAGGCGGGAGAUGUUGUCUGCGUGACAAGUUCCUUCAUGUCAGAUUCAGAAAUCCAGAUCCAGCUGGAAGCCGGCCUGACUGGCAUCCUCGUCAAGGUCGAUGAGCACGAGGACGCUUUCGUCGAGUUUGCGCUGCACGACGCGCGGCAGUGGGUCUUCCAGAAGAAUCGGCACAAGCUCCGGCGGGUGGCGGAUUCCGACGCAAAGGACGUCUUCCUCGACAUCGUGCCCCAGAACGACUUGAUCAUGCACUGGGCGCUGCGCGUCGUGGGCAAGAAGGCCGCACGCUGUUACGAGUUUGAAGCAGACGGGGUGUGCAUGGGCAAGCGCACAGCGCUCGACAAAGGCCUUCCCAUCAAGUCUCAGAAACUGGCAGGCCGGACAUCGAAGACGCACCGGGAGAUUACGGCCUGGUGCACCGACUUCGGGGCCGAGCACAGCUACGACGCCGCAGGCAACAACCUCUUCGGCGGCAAGAACUGUCAGGAUUUUGCCGUGGAGCUGUGCAGAUAUAUGGAGAUCGAUACGGAGCAGCUGCCGUUUAGGCAGGCGGAGCAGGUCAAGACGGUGCUGGGAGCUGGCGCCUUUGUGGCGGCCGAUGCAGCGUUGGGUACGGGCCUGUUGGCAGCGGGCACGGGGCUCGUGGCUGGUGCCUUGGACUUCGGCGUCGCCGCUGCCGGUGCAGCUGCCGGGGCAGCCAUGAGCCCUGGGGUCCUUGCCGCUGCUGCUGCCGUGGGCGUGGGCUACGCGUCAGGCGUCAUCACGCCGGAGUCCAUCCCAGGAUUUGGCUUUGAGACGCAACAGGCUCCCGAGCCUGGGAAGGAUGCUUUCAGGGAGUCUUGGCUACGACGAAAGUACACAGCCGAAGAUGCAUCUAUAUGCCUUUGGGUGGAGGUCGAUGGCCAAGAAUCAGGUCUACAGCUGGACAUUCAGCGGCUCAAGGGCGAAGUCUGCACCACUGAGGCAAACUUGCGGAAAGUCCGAGCGGAAGAGGCCGCCUCCAUCGAAGCCGGUCGGCUUCGCACCGUCCUCCUCUCCACGGAGAUGACGGCGCACCAGGUGUGCAGCGAGCGUUUGGCUCGCCUGAGCCGGAAUAUGGAAGACAGGACGGAGCUCCUCAGUCGGCAAUACUACUUGAAGGGCCAUCGGCGGAUUCGGGUUGCGGGUCUCGGGGUUGGUGGAGAGAUGUUGCCCAAGAGCCUGCUGAAUGCGAGCUCGUGCCAGCAGUUGCGGAGUCGAGCCUUCUGA